AUGGAUUCGGCUUUGAAUGAGGCGCACAAGUGUGAGCGUAUGAGCGAACGUGCUCUGCGACGCGGAGAUAUUGAUAGUGCCGUUGAUUGCCUGAUCGCGACUGUGAAGCAGCUUGAUCUUUGUGCGCGUCUCUGCGUCCAGGCCGUUGUCCUCGACUCUGUCGUGCUUCAGAGAGAUCACCACCGACGACGCAUUCGGUUGCUGAAGCAACUUCAGAAACGUCGAGAAGAGUUCCUAACAUCCCCGGAUGCUAUGUCGGUGAUGCAAAUUAACGGGGAUGAUCCGGUGGAGAGUUUCGCAUUUUUCUACCAAAAGCUUUUCAACAUCCUUCAAGAAUUGGAAGCGAAGACGCGUGAUCGUAACUCGGGGAGAUAUGGAGACGGCAAAGACCAGGAUUCUCUUUCAAGUGAAAACUUGCUUACGAAGACCGGGAAAGAAUAUCUGGAGAAAUUACGGGUGAACUUCGAAAGGGUUGUGACGCAAAACACAGGUUUAUCGACGAACAAUUCGUUCGGGAUCGACGGCCCGAUUGGCGGUCGGGUUCUAACGCACGAUAGUGAUGGCGAGAGAGACGGGUCCAAGAUGAGUUUGAGAAAGCGAGCCGCUGCCGAAGCAGCGGCUGCGAAAAAGGGCCGAUAUUUUCAAAACUUGAAAAAUGGACAGGCUGAGCAGCUAAACAAGCUACAAACAAAGCAUCAGUAUGAAUGCGACCUGCUGGACGACUUGAGGAACGCGUGGUCUGUUUGGAUUUCCGUAUUGGAAGAGAACGAAAGCAUCGCAAAAGCUAGAUUGGCAGCUGUUGAAGAGUUUCAAUCUAAAAUAUUUGAGGAUGCGAGGCUGGUUCGACAGGCGAAAGCCACGGCGGGCAAGAAAAACCUGGAUCACCUUGGUGUUAUUCAGAAGGAACUGCAGGUCACUGCUCAGGAACUGGACAAGGCGAAAAGGAACUACUUUGAGGAAGAGCAUCUAGCGUUUGAAGCUCGAACGAAAGCGCACGACGCAGACGAGCGUCUGAAACGGAAGAAGGGCCACUUUUUCCAGAGCUUGUCAUCUUUGCAGAAGAACAGUGCAAAGUUCACCGCAAAAAAGGAAGCAUGCGACGAACGAUCGACUUCGGCUAGGAAUCAGUAUCUUCUGCAGCUUGCCGCGUCAAACGCGCAUCAGAAGCGUUUCUACAACGUGGAUUUGCCUCAAGUGCUGAAGGCCCUGGAAUGCGACGUAUACGAAAAGAUGCGGGAAUACUUGAGUUUCUACACGCAGACAGAACUCAAGACGUGUGUUGCCAUGCAAGCCGCGUUCACAGAAAUUCAGGAUCAGGCUAAAAGUAUGACUCGUGAUUACAAUUUCGCUUGCUUCGUCACUUGGUUUCCUGGCAUGGCUCCUUCGAUUGAAUAUGACUUCGAGCCGUGCGAUGGUGAUCCAAUCUCGCGGGUUUCUGAUGAAUACGGGUGUGGCGAAUACAUUGAUAAAGAGGCUACGAAGUGGGCGACUCGCGUUGCAAAGGAGAUGAAGGCGAUAAAGGAGUAUAAUCGAAAAAUUCAUGCUCUACAAACGUCAAAAAUUGACAAGAAGGAAAUGACGGAUCAGGAGUCGACCGAAUUGGACACAAAACUAGAGGAAUUCAAGGAAUUGCUUCGAAUUGCUGAGACUGCCAAGGAAAAAGCUGAAGCCCGAGUUCAAGUUUUGCGAGAUGGCGAAGUGAAUAUGGAUGAAUAUUUGAAGAAAGCGUUUACUGAGAUGGAAACGCUAGGCCCAGAAUUUCCGAGGUCUGGAUCUCAGCAAUCUCUUCAGUCUGAGAUCGAAGCGCCUGCAGAUUCUUCAUUUUACGAUGAUAACGAGGUUGAAGGAGACCAACCAGCAAGUUACGAUCAGCAGCGUUCGAUGUCAGAGUCGGAACAAGGAGACGAACCAACUCCUCCGGCAACAUCGCAAACGAACCUUCAAUACCCGAUCGGCGAUCCGUUGGCAAUGGAAUGGGGUGAUGACGAAGAGGAAGAGCCGAUCCCUCAACCGCUGACGGAAGAAAUCAUUCCUCAAACUGUCGUCAAUGGUGGUCCAGUUGCCGCUCCAGGACCGGGUGUCAAAUGUGUCGCUGUUUAUGCGUACACGGCGCAAAACUCGGACGAGUUGACGAUCGUUGAGAACGAACAAUUGGACAUCGUGGGCGAAGGGGAUGGAGAAGGCUGGGUUCUGGCGAGAAACUAUCGCGGAGAAGAAGGUUUCAUUCCGAAGAACUAUGUGGAACCCGAAAGUACGGACGAUGGUGAACGUACCGGCGGAGGUGGAUCGUCGUUUUCAUCUGUCGAUUAUACGGUUCGCGACGAUAACGCGGUAAACAACAAUUACGGCAUGAACGGCAACGCCAUUCUGAAUAACCGAGUGGAUUUAACUCAGGAUGGAGAUUGGUGCUGUGCAGUUUACGAUUACGAGGCGACGUGCAAGGAAGAAUUGACUUUUAUCGAGGGAGCCGUGAUCAAAGUCUUGAGGAGGAAUGUACACGACGAAGACGAUGGCUGGUGGGAAGGCGAAUGCGAUGGAGAAGUUGGCCUCUUCCCGUCCAUUGUCGUCGAGGAAUGUCAGCCUAAUGGAGAACUUUACGAAUAUGACGAGUAUGACGAAGACGACGAUGUCGAUGAAGACUUGCCGACUCCGGAUGAACCCGCGCCUGUAUUGGCGUCCCCACAGGAAUUACCCGGAUUUCUCCUCCCUCCGCCUGAGGGGAUUAUAAUUACGCAACCAACGCCGGACGUAGAACACCCUCCAUCCACUUUUGGAGAUCAUCCUGCUGCUCCAGCAGAAUCAUCUGGUGAAGUACCUUCGGGAACCGCUACAGAUGAAGGUGCUGAGAAAUUGAAAGAAGCACGCGAGCCGGACGGGCCCAAACCAAUUUCGUAUUCGACGAUAGUCCGCGGGUUUGAGUUGAAAAUGAAUGAGGAUCAACGAAAGCAGUACCAGGCCCAGUUCGAUGGUUCGAAAUUGGAGGAAGAUUCGUAUGAUCCGGUUCAUUUUUUGCAGGGAAGCGGAAGUUCGGUGGGUCACGAUUCACAGGAAGAGACGUCGUCAGUCAUUACUUCUGUGGAAGCCCGAGAUUUUUGCGGUGGGCUACAAAUCGCGUCGAUAGUUGUCACAGCGGCAACUCCGAUGGUUGACGACGACGAAUCUCGCGCCCCUGUUGCAGCCGUCGAUGAUGAUGACGAUUCCGGCACUGUCGAUAGCGUCGACAGUCAGCAGAAGAAAGAGCCUGUCGAUGCUAAUGACGAAGAGCAACAAAAAACGGAAGAGGUGGAUCGGGUUCAGAUCGUCAUCGACUCGCCGACUGAGCCUGCAAGAGAGGACCAAUUUGAAGGGGUAGAUGUGUCGGUGGCGCCGGAAGCAGAUAAGGAUAAAGAGCCGGAAGUGGAGCCGCCGUUGCCGCCACCGCCUCCGCCGCACGUGGAAGAGCCGCAGGACGGUGGCUCGGGUAUUGUUGACUUUGAGACGUUUCCUCCGCCAAAGAUGAUGGACGAUAGUUUGGAAGACGAGGAGGAAAAGAAGCUUCCCGAGGAGUUGCAUCUGGAUCAGCUCAAAAAGUUGGAGCACAUUCAAGAGUCGAAUGCAUAGGAAGCAAUUCUUAUCGGUUAAUUUGAUUAGGGUUUGUCAAGGGCGGUCAGAACUUUGCGUCGAUUUAACCUUGGAUUUUUAUCAUUGAAGCUAGAUGGCCUGCUAGAAUAUAAAAAUUAGAUUUUAAACAAAAAAAAUGCUCCAAACUUUUCGUGGCUACUUCCGUAAUUCAUUUGGGAUUCGAGUAGUUGUUUUAAGAUGCGGAAUGGGGAAGGAUUUUUUUCGAGGUCAAUAACGCACUGUUAUUUUCAUGGGUUGAAGUCGUCGAAAUGUUUUGAGCGCGCUUGGCCAAACGGUGUUGAUCUUCUUCCCUGUGACGAGAGUGGUUUGUUGUGUUUUUACCUAUCGUUCUCUUGUAAAUUCUUGACAGUUGAAAUCUUUGUUCGAUAGUUUUCCCGCUAGCGGUAGAUCCAUAUUCGAAUUGCGUACUUGGGAGCCAGAUCGUAUGUGGUAUUGAUUUGAGGAUGUAAGACGAAUUUUGUGUCGAACGCGCUGCGGAUUCAUUUGUUUUCAGUGUUCUAUAUAAAACUGCCGAUCGAUUUUUUUUUUCAUUUUAAAACCGCUACGGUUCAAGCGUACAGACAGCUUUUCAAAAAAAGAUUGCAUUCCUAGCAUUGAAGAAAUCCUGGAAACAUAUUUCGAUUGAAAGGCGUUCAUCCUAUCUUUGCGCAGAAGAAAAAAGCAGGAAUUAAUUUUUCUUCUGCGAGGCGCAACGUUGUAUCUUAAGCGAGACUCGAGCAAUAUUGUCGAUAUUCGUCAAGUCAAAGAAAGUUGGACGAAUUCGGGAUCGGGUUGACGAUUUCCGCUUUAAUUGUUAGCGAAGUUUCCGGGAAUCAUGUGUAUUACUUGUUGCGGGAAAUCGAAUUCAUAUCUCGCGAUCGUGUUAUUGGCCUACGAAAGAAGGGAAGCCAUCGGUCAGGGUGUUUCCUUCUAUUUCAAAGGCCCAUUUCUCUCAUUAUUUUCGCGAGGAAAAAAUAAUGAGGGAUGUACUGUUGAAAAUUAUAUUCCGGUGGGGAUGAGUGACACGUUUCUUGUGAUGCGUUCUCGAAUGUUUUCCUCGUGCGUAUGCGAUGAUUUCCUCGAAGGCCUCUCGGUGUCAUGCUGCCCCGACUUGCUGCAAAUUUAUUGAGACAGUUUUUGCUUUCGUUUUAUGUUUUUAGCUGCUGCUCGUCAGGUUCUUGAUAUUUUCCGGAGUUUAUUGCACCUCUUUCGACUCGGUGUGCAUUGUUUAUAUCAUCACGUUCGAUCCGUCGCGUAGCUUUGAUUCAUUUUGAAGUUGUCGAACGAACGUUCAAGUCAGGUUUAAUCGCGGAUCAAAUUCAUUUAUCGGUUAAAAAAUAAAUGUGUAAAUGAAAUCCCGCAUUGCGUCGCUUGCAGAGCUAGGUGGAAUAAACGAUAAUCUUUUGAUUGA